AUGGCAUCUGAAUGGCAGCUACUCACUAGACAGAACAAUAUUUACUUCAGAGAAACCAUUAACAUCUGUGCCGACCUGGUCUCCAUGUACCUGAUCGAAGGAUACGUGGUCUUCGCCAGGAGGUGUGUGUACGGACUGGCGUUCGAAGUCCACUCCAACAGAACCUGGAAUGAUGGACACUGGCACAACAGAAAUCAUGACGGGCACUGCUUUCACUGCCCGCAUACUGUUUAUUGCUAUCACAACCACACGAACACACAGUGCAAGACCAUGCAGUAUAAUACAACUCAUGCAACAAGACGUAAAGAAAUAAAACGCAUUGCAUUCCAGUUCAACACAGCUAUAUACGGAGUGGCGAAUAGCGACGUUAGUAGCGAGAACACUGGUGUUGGAGAUACAGAGAUCUUUGAAGUUAUAACAUUGGUGUCUGUAGUAACGAUCGUUCAAAGUUUACAACAGUGUAACCUCAGCCAUGAGAUCUCCAAUGCAUACGUCAUAUAA